UUGUUUUUUUAAACUUUAGUUUAUUUAGUAAACAUAUUCUUAACUCCAUUUCUUGAACUGCAUUGUUGGUUAAGGGCUUGUAAGUAAGCAGUUCACGGUAAGGUCUACACCUUUUGUAUUCAGCGCACGUGACAAUUUGAUUUGAUUUAUUGUUGAAUACAACCUUUCUUCCUUUCUCUUUGUGCCUCCCUUUAUCUUUGUCUUCCCUCCCUCUUCAUCUCCCUCUCUUCGCUCUGUCUUUGAAAGUUCAGGUCUUGUUGAAACAGGAAACUGAGUGUCUGAGUAAGAGGUGAAUAUAAACCCCCCUCUCACAUCUCUCCACUCAGAUGUACUACAGAGCACUCUGCUGUGCUACACCUACAGAGCCUCCAUCUAUCACCACUGGCGCCUUUCCCCAUUGGAACAUCACAGAGGAGGAGAACACUCAUUCUCCGUUGGUGUCUAAAGGACUCUCACACAGAUUCUCAAACACGCACAUGUCAUACUCGCAUUACACGUGAAUGUUACCAGCAGUGUGAAACACCCAGACCCACUGGACUCGACCUCUGGGCCUCACUGGGUUAUACCUCUAUCCCUGCGGUACUCUACAGCUCUGACAUCAACUCAUUCCACAGCAUCAGAGUGCUGCUGAUCGUCACCAGAGCCACAACAGGGCAAUGCUCCCCCAGAGUUCUCUGGUAUCCCUUCCAUAAGAGCUCCACAUCGCCAUGGGCAGUGGGCCCAGUAAAGAGCAUCAGGGAUCCAGCACUCAUGCAGCCUUGCUGGGCCAGGAAGAGCUCGCUGAGCCGGUCAUACUGGAGAGCAGCAGGUAUGUGGUAGUGGCCCUGUAUAACUAUCCCACUGGACAUCCAGCAAACAGCAGUAUCCGCGCGGGAGAGAGAAUCAAUGUGCUUUCAGACGAGGGGGAAUGGUGGAAGGUGAGAUCCUCUGCCACAGGCAAUGAGAGCUACAUCCCCAGCAGCUACACAGCCAGGGUGUACCACAGGUGUCAGUAUGAGGGUCUCAGCAGAAAGAAGGCUGAGGAGCUCCUGUUGCUGCCCAACAACCAGACUGGCUCUUUUCUGGUCCGGGAAAGUCAGACCCGCCCUGGUGCCCACUCCCUGUCAGUGCGUAAAACCAGUGACCAGGACCGUUGCUCAGUCAAACACUACCGGAUCCAACAACUGGAGAACGGCUGGCACUUCAUCUCCCCCUGCCUCACAUUCCCCACCCUCACAGCCCUAGUGGACCACUACUCAGAGGUCACUGAUGGGCUGUGCUGUCUGUUGGGGGAGCCUUGCUUCAUCCAGGGGUCCAACAGCAUUCCUGUGGCUACUGGCCCAAUACCCAUGGCCGUCAGGAAGUCCACCCUCAACUGGAAAGAUGCGGACAGCUCCAUGAUUUUUGGCAAGGUCAAUGAGGAUUCCCUGGUGAGCGAGGGCCUGAGAGAGGCCAUCAGUUCCUACCUCUUCAUGACAGGGGACUGCAGCCAGAAAUGGGACAGCUGAGACUGGAGCUGUCCUCAAGAGAGACAAAUAGUGAGAUACACAGACUAAAACGGAGAGUAAAACGGAGCAAGGAGCUUACCUAUUGGGGCAGAGGGUACCCGAGGACCAUAUCACGUGGCCAUGAACCUAGUGGAUCUUGAACAUUGUUGAGGGAACUGGGAUUCACAACUCAACCACUGCAGACAACCAUUGUUCUCAAAGCGAUGGUUGUCAAGUGCUGACAUUGCCAAGCAGACGAGGCCCAUAUUUGCUUGGAUUCAUGAUCAGAAGACAUUUUUAGAUCCUGGAGGCAGACUAAAAAAUAGUUGACAGAAAUAAGGGAGUAACUGUGCCCAUAGGAACACAGUGUUCUAAAGAGAUCAUGCAUUCAAACUGAUUACAGCUUGCAACAUGGAAAUGAGAUGAUGAUCCUCACUGUGUCAGAUUGUGUACAUGAUCUCUAAUGUUAAACUAGAACAGUAGGUCUAAAGACAGUGACACGAUAUGUUGCCAUUUAUUAUGGUUUUUGAAAAGCUGCUAACUUCAUAAUGAAAUGUUCCAUUCAGCCUUUACUCGUGAUUCUAAGUAACCACCGCUGAUUGCAAUGUUCUUUACAGAAAGUAGUGUGAUAGUGAGGUAUACAGCCCUAUAUAUGAAAGGCAUAACCACCUGCAUGUUUCAAAUAGAUCCCCUAUCAUCAGUAAACAGGCUAUUUGGUUGGUUUUGUUGAGCUACCUUGAAAGAAAGGAAAUGUUUGUUGUAUGGGUUUCCUGUCCUGAACAGAAACACCUUUUAGCUGUUGCUUGUUCUCCACCGCACCGCAGUAUAACUUUGACACAGGAUAUGGUCAAGGUGCAGUGGAAAAAAAUAUAGUGUGGCAGAGACAGCAGAAAGUUAUGAUUUGUGCUGAAGAGCAUCUCAAAGCUAUGUGUAAUAUUGAAGCAAUAAGGCAAGAGGGGUUGUGGUAUAUGGCCAAUAUACCAUGGCUAAGGGCUGUUAUUAUGCAAGACGCAUCACGUAAGCGUAUUUAGAAAAGUACAAAUAAAUGUUUCAUUCCCAUGGUGUACUGUCUCAUACCACAGCUUUCAGCCAAUCAGCAAUCAGGGCUCGAACCACCCAGUUUUUAAUAUGGUAUAAAACACUUAAAUGUUCUUAUGUGGUUUCAUCAACUGAAAUAAUAGACUAUAUACAUUAUGUGCUCAAUAUUGAGCUUUGUGAUCAAUACAAGUUGUGGAAAUGUUUUCUUUACUAUCCUACAUUAAAACAUUUAAUGUUGAAACAUU